AUGGGGGUGCAAGGCUGCAGUGAAGGCCUGUUCCACGACUGCCUCUACGGCCGGCACGACAAGGGAUGGUCGCUCGGCAUCGUCCACGCGAAACCCGCCGGGACGCGCCCCGGCGGCGCCGCCGCGGACGCCCGCGCCCCGACCCGCUCGCGCUUCUACUUCUCCUUGAGCGCCGACAACUCGCGCUCGGCCACGACACUCGCAUCGCCCCGGCGCUAUGUCCCCGACGAGUGGACCCACCUGGCCGCCACCUACGACGGCCGGCGGCUCGACCUCUUCGUGAACGGCGCGCGGGUGGCCGGGUCUCGCGUGCCGGGCCGCGCAGGGCCGCUCUUCGCCCCAGGGGUGGCCGUCUGCAAGACGCUGGUGGCGGGUGGCGACAACGCGCGGGGCGGGCGCGCCUACCGCGGCCUCCUGAGCGGCCUGCGGCUCUGGCGGCGGGCGCUCGGCUCCGGCGAGAUCCGCGCGUGGGCCGAGCGAGGGGUCCGCUCCAGCGGCGACGGCGACGCGCCCGCGGCGGAAGUCGCGGGCGGCGACGACUUCGGCGAGCUCGAGGACGGCGGCUGGUCGACGGUCGAGGGGGGCACCUACCCCACCGUCCGGUCGGUGGGGGCGAGCGGCGCGGGGACGGCGGCCGAGCCGGUGCCGGUCCCGCCGCCGUGCGGGCGGACGGCGUGCGACGACGUGCGCGUCGUCUCCAGCUACGACGGCCACUGGCCGCUGCGCGAGCCCAAGGUGGCGCGCUACCGCCUGGUCAACGUCUACGGGGCCCCCGGCGAAAACCCGACGGUCAGCCGCGAGCAGGUCGAGGAGCAGCACCGCGUGCUCAACCAGGCCUUCCAAAGGUACAACAUCUCCUGGGAGCUCACCGUCGUGGACGUUGUUAAUGCCUCGCUGCGCCAGCGCAUGAUCCUGGCCAACUGCGAGCACGCCAAGGUGGGCGAUGGGCACUGCGACCCCGAGUGCAGCCACCCCUUGACCGGCUACGAUGGGGGUGACUGCCAGCCACCCUCCGGCCACCACCCAUCGUCCUCCUCCUCGCCGCCGUCGUCAUCUUCGUCGUCGGGGCACGCGGCCGAUUGCGAUUGGGACGCGAUGGCGAACGGCGUUUGCGACCCCGAGUGCAACAUGGCGGAAAACGCGUUUGACAACGGGGACUGCUGCGAGCAGACCUCCGGCAAGGUGACGGAGACCUGCUUCGAUCCCGAGUCGCCCAACAGGAUCUACCUGGAUGUGGAGGAGCUCCAGGAGAUGUUGAUGCUCGACGGCUCGACGCAUCUCAACGUCUACUUCGCAAACUCCGCCGGCGAGGACCUGGCCGGAGUGGCCACUUGGCCCUGGGAUAAGAAUGCCCUCACCCACCUCGGUGGUGUGGUGCUCAAUCCCACGUACUAUGGCAAGGCCGGCCACACGCACACCAUCAUCCACGAGCUGGGCCACGUCCUCGGACUGUACCACGUCUUCCGGGGGGUGUCGGAGACCGAAUCCUGCGACGACCCCUGUCGGGAGACCACGCCGUCGCUGGAGACGGGAGACCUGUGCGCCGACACGGCCCCUACGCCGCAGAACAAGCUGUGCCACGACCCGGAGCCUCGCAACGACACCUGCGGCCAGCGCCACUUUCAGCACACGCCAUUCAACAACUACAUGGGCUACGGAGACGAUGACUGCACCGACUCAUUCACGCCGAACCAGGUGGCGCGCAUGCACUGCUACCUGGACCUGGUGUACGAGGGCUGGCGCCUGGACGCGCCCCCCCCCCCCGUGCCGAUGCCGCCGAUCCCCGUCGCCCAGGACGAGGGCUCCCUCACCCUGCAGUGGAUGCCCCCCGUCAACGGCCACGUCUUCCAGAGAGAAGCGGGAUCUGCGUGCGACCUCUGCGGAGAGGACGGGCGUCUCGCGCAGUUCGCCCACUCCGCCUCGUCCCCCGGUGCCUUCAACCCCUCGGGACACUGGAGCCCGAAGGAAGCGGAGGGUCCCCCGGAGGUGGAGAGGCCGUGCGAGUCCAGCCUGCGCUCCUGGAGCCCCGAGCUGCGCUCCGGGCAGCGGCGCAUGCCGGCGGCGAGGUGCCCCCAGCCGUCCGGCUGCGUCCUGGAGCUCUCCUUCAGCCUGCCCAGCCUCCCCGAGCUCCUCAGCAUCUGGGUCACCUACAUCUUCCUGCACAACUCCCACCCCAUCAAGGACCUGGUCAUCCUCACGGCCGACGGGAGGAACGAGUCGCUGGGACCCCAGACGGUGUUUUGCGACGUGCCGCUGACGGUGCGCCUGGACUGGCUGCUGGCGCCGGUGGAGUCGGUGCGCAUCCACACGGCGGACGAGCGGCUGGAGGUGGACGCCGCGCUGCUGCGCUCGGCCCCAGGCGACGGGCGCUGCUCCCGCUGCCGCCCGCUCUCCUACAAGCUGUCCCGCUCGCCGCUGUUCCACCCGCACGGGCACGUGGCCGUCGACGGGCCGUCGCGCAGCUUUCGUGGACAGGUCCGUGGAGCCGGGAGCGACGUACGCGUACCAGGUGGCCGUCUCGACGACGUACGGAGACUCGCAGCCCUCGCCGCCGCUCGUCUACACGCACGGCGGACCCCGCUGUGGGGGGGACGCUGCGGCGCACGGGUGUACCUGCAACGCCUGCAGCACCUGCCUGCAGCGGCUGGCGGCUCACGGCACGGCGCGGUGCGACGACGAGGCCGGCAGCCGGUGCGAGGUGCUCUGCGGCAAGGGGCACCGAGCGAGGACGGGCAGCAGCCCGCGGCGGACGGGGACCCGCAUCAGGCGGGAGUGACCCGCGUGGAGGGCCAGGGGGAUGAGCGCGUUGCCCGCCGGCCCGUCGACUGCGGCGUCCCGAGUUGGCACCUCGUGUACCACGCCCACUUCAGCUACCCCCACGGGACGAGCUACGGUGCCCGCACCACCUUCGUCUGCCUCCCACCCGCCAAACUGCAAGGUGCGAGCGCAGAGCUGCGGUGCCAGGAGGACGGACUGUGGUCCCUGCCGGAGGCGUACUGCCAGCUGACGUGCCGGGCCCCGCCGCCCAUGGCCAACGCCGUGGCGCGCACCGACCGCUGCAAACACGACGGACAGGAGGUCGGCUCCUCCUGCAAGUAUCGCUGCGAGCCGGGACACCACGUGCCGCUCACCAGUCGCAAGGGGUUCAAGGUGAGGUGCACGGACAGUGGCCACUGGGAGGAGGGCGGCUGCGUGCCCGUGCAGUGCCCCCCGCUGCCGCCAGUGCUGCACGGCUCCUACACGUGCACGCAGCGCUGGCAGCUCGGCUCCCGCUGCUGGGUCAACUGCAGCACCGCCAGCGCCAGCAAGAACCACACAGUGAUCCGGUGCAGCAAGAAUGGACGCUGGAGUGGGGAACUGCAGCUGUGCCCGCACGAGCAGGGCGAGUGCACCGCCCCGGACCCUCCGUUCAUCAUCACAUGCGACUGCCCUACCGGAUACGGAAUAGGAUCCGUGUGCAAAACAAGCUGCCUGAUCCCACACAGCGACUCCGUUUUGCUCCCUGAGAAUGUCACCGUCCCGGAGAAGAUCACCGCCCCGUCGCUGCCGCACUGGUGGACACUCCCCACCAAAGUUGAGGAGAUCGUCUGCACGGGGAAGAAGAUGUGGCACCCCCCACCACGUGCCAUCUACUGCUUCCAAGAUUGUGAGUUAUGGGUCGGCGAUGGGUACUGUGACCCGGUAAACAACAACGCCUACUGCCACUACGACGGAGGGGAUUGUUGCGUGUCCACAUCCGCCUUCAAACAGGUGAUCACCGUUCCAGCCAGUUGUGACCGCAAGAAGGAGUGUGCCUGCCGUGAUCCCAGCGCCAAAGAGAAUGCACAGAAGCGGUGGGCGACGCGCCCACCGCUUCCCCCAUAGAGGGGACAACAGGGAGCUGCUGCUGCAGAUGGUGACACUGACGUGGCGGCAGCGGCGUCCGCUGCUCAUCGCAGGAGCUCACGGACAGAGUCCAGCGGCCGCCCUGGUCAAUGCCGUGGUGUUCGCUUACCAGAGAAGCACUGCGCGCCAGCUGCUUUGAAGAUCCUGUGAUGUCAUUCACAGCAGGCGCAAGCCACUGCGGGGCAAGAAUCGUGGUCCGAAUUUGUCGAAUUUGAAAAACUACCCCACACCAUUACACAGUUGUACCCCCCGACUGUGAAAACUUGGCAGGACCCUUCUCAAAAAAAGUUCAUGACUCUUUGAGGCCUUUCCUGGGUGAACAAGCAUUAAAUUGCUCGUAAUAUAUGUGGAUGAGUGUAAUGGCUCGGAUGGAUGUCGAAAUUAAUGGUUUAGAGGGCCGAAUGUACCCCGUCUGUGGUGUUUCCCAAAUGAAAUGUUACCAUUGCUACACAAAAUGGCCCCCUCAAAGUUCUCCCUUUCCACCUCUAACCCCCCAACCCAUCGAUGCGGUUAGUCGAUCGGUGGCGGGGUGAAGUGUGGUGGGCGUUUGCGACCACUUCAACAGCAUACCUACGACGUGAGCUUUCUAAAGCUCCCUCUAGUUGAGGCAUUCCUAGCGGCAGCGGUGUUAGUAAAGCGAUCGACUGCAGGGCCGCACCUUUACCCAAGCGUGAAGGGCAUGUUUAGGAUCUUGCUAAAGCUCAUGAAAGCCACUCCACUUGCAUGGUUAGGCAGGAUGUGGCAGCCAUUUUAUAACGAGAUGAUUUUGGUUAUAUUCUUCAUUGUAUUAUUUUGUGGUUUUCUUGCUGACUGACUGUUUUGUUCGUGUUUCCCUCGGCAGGUGCAGAAAUAUUUGGUGCUAUUUAAUGUAUUGCAAUGUAUUGCAAUGUGCGUAAAUGUUUACGUUUCAAAUGUCUGCGGAGUGCUUCUCGGGCCUUUAAGUUUAGCAAUGAGAUGUUGUUUGAAAGCCCCGAGAGGCAAUGUUUUCAUUAAUACAUUGCGUAACAUGCAUUUUCUCAAUUAAUUCUGUCGGUUAAAGGGCAAAACAUUAUGGAAAAUGUAUUUAGAUGAUUUAAGCGCUUCCAUUUUUGUAAGAUGAGCUGCUGAAUGAAUGAAAAUGAAUUUUUUGCCAAAGUUGAAAUUAAAACUUGAGCGAGCCAGCACACCUUGGCAGAUGCAAACAUCAACGACUCCUCUAAAGAUGCAAACAUCCCCCUGUGUGUCUGCACGCUAUUAGAGAUGGAAUAAAUGCCCGACCCCUUACAUGUUUUCUUCUUGUUAUAGUAUUUAGGUCUAUAUUGUUUUGUUGCCAUUGCCAAGUUGAAACACGGUACGUUGUGAAACCGUGCAGACCACACGCAAGCAGGGAAAUGUUUGCGAAAAAAGCCUUUCGCGAAAACUGCCAAGUCUAAAUCGGUGCUAGAAACCAGUUAUCACAAUUCCACGUGUUUUGUUUGCCGAGAAGAAGAAGAAAAUGGACUAAGAUGCGGGGGGAGGAGGGGAAAAUCGUCGGAAAUUGUACAUAUCAAUGAUGCCUUGUGGUGUCGGUGCGAUGGGGCCAUCUGUGUGUCAGUCUGUCUCUUGAGAUGCACGUCCUAGCAACAUUUCUCACUUCCUGAAGAUUUGUGGCCAGAUUUCAAGACUGUUUUUGCCAGUUAUUAUUAUUUUAAAUCUCUAACCCUCUCCUCAUCCAAAGUGUCAAGUCCAGAGUCUUGGAUAUUUCGCAAACCCCCUCCCCCCGCCCCUUUUAUCACUUGGCAUAAUACAAUGUGAGCAA